AAGAAAACAAGUAGUACUCGGAAGACAACGCAAGAAUGGCACCGAACCGUCGUCUCCUCCUCGUCGCCGCCGGCGUCCUCCUCUCCGCGCUGGCCGUCGCCGCCGCCGACCGGGAGGGCGGCGAGUGCCGGGCGGGGGAGGCGUUCCCGCACAACCCGCUCUCCGGCUGCCGCGGCUACGUGAUCAGCCGCGCGUGCCCGGGCCACGGGCCGCGGCGGCCGAUGAUGGCGAAGGCGCGGUGCUGCCGCGAGCUGGCCGCCGUCCCGCCGCGCUGCCGGUGCGAGGCGCUGCGCCUGUUCAUGGACGCCGUGCGCGCGGGGGAGGAUCAUCAUCAGGCCGAGGGCGGCGGCGGCCUGCGCGCGUGCCCGGCGGAGGCGCAGAGGGCCGUCGCCGCGACGCUCAUGGCGGCGGAGGAGUGCGACCUGCGCGACGGCGACUCCGGCGCCGGCGAGCCGGCGGGGCAGUGCGACUGGCUCGUCGACGUGCUCAAGCACUGA